UUCACAAUGUAGUUGUCGUUCAGGUUUUGAUUUAGCCCCCGAUGGACGUUCUUGUGUCGGUAUGUUAAUUAUUUGUUUGUUAAUCAACUCAAUAUCCAUACAUCUGCUUUUCUCCCUUCAUUUCCCUUCAUUUACACAUUUCUAUUUUUUACAAAAAAUUCUUUAUCCCAAAUAUUCACCCUUUCCCUAGCUCUAUAUUCAUUUUAUUCGUAUACGAUCUUAUGAAAACAGAUAUUGACGAAUGUCACCAACUACAGCAGAACAAUCCAAAUAAUUUCCAAUUCAAUUCACCUCCCUUAAACUAUCAAAAAAUGCCUUUAUGCGAUUUCAAACGCGAAAUAUGUGUUAACAUAAUUGGCGGAUAUGGGUGCCGGCCUGCUAAAAGUAUUGCUACUUCAAAAUAUAGGGAGCCAAAAUUGAGCCCAAAAACUCCAAAAAGAGGUCCACAAAGGGCCAAAAAUAAUGGCAGAUUUGUCUACAAAACUGUUGGCAAUAGAGGAAAAAUGCCUGCAUUCUGGUCAGGUCGAAAUGGAGGAGGAAGGGAGGAACAUGCAUCGACUACUUUUAUUGAUGUGGAUGAAUGCACACUUGGAGCACACGAUUGUGGACCUAUGUAUCAAUGUAAAAAUACUCAGGGAAGCUUUCGUUGUGUGCCUAAGCGUUGUGAAGAUAAUCAAGUUUUGGACCCUGGAACUGGGGAACGCAAAUCAGUAAAUUGUCCACCUGGAUAUAGGCCUAGAGAUGGACGUUGUGAGGAUGUUGAUGAAUGUAGGGAAAAGACUAAUGCUUGUCCUUUUUAUGAGGAAUGUGUAAAUACACCAGGCUCGUUUCGCUGUCAAGAGCAGGGGAAUGUGUGUUCUAAUGGAUAUUAUAUGGACAGAGAGAGUGGAUUUUGUCUUGAUAUUGAUGAAUGCCAACGUGGAACACAUACUUGCACAUCCAUUGCUGAUUGCAUCAAUCUUCCAGGAAUGUAUCGUUGCAAGUGUGCUACAGGCUUUGAAUUUAAUGAAUAUACAAUGCGUUGCGAAGACAUUGACGAAUGUAUUAAAUUUUCUGGACAUGCCUGCUCUUUACAAGCCGAUUGUGUUAAUUCUAUUGGCUCUUAUCAAUGUAUAUGCAAGCCUGGAUUUAGUUUAGCUGCAGAUAAUAGAAGUUGUGAUGAUAUAAACGAAUGUGAGUUGGGUAUAGCCAAAUGUCAACAAAAAUGUAUUAACUCACCAGGCUCUUAUCAAUGCAUUUGCGAUCGAGGGUAUCAAUUGGGAAUAGACGAAGCCACAUGUGAAGAUAUUGAUGAAUGCAAAAUUUGGGCCAAGUCGGGAAAUGAAUUAUGUAUGGGAAAAUGUAUAAAUACUCCAGGGUCGUUUCUUUGUACAUGCCCAGAAGGUUAUCAAGUCAUGUCUGAUGGAAUUACCUGUAAAGAUAUUGAUGAAUGUUCAGAAAAUUCAAAUCUGUGUAAUAUCGACCAAAUCUGUAUUAAUUUAUUGGGCAGCUUUAAGUGUGAACGGAUUGAAUGUCCACGUAAUUAUAUUCCUGACAGGACUUUUAAAAAUCGUUGCUUGAAAAAACCAGGACACUGCGAAAAUAUGUUUCUGGAAAGAUGCAAAAAAUUGCCUAUACAUAUCUCAUGGCAACAUAUUGCUAUACCUAAACAAGUGAAUAUUUCUCUUCACAGAACUUCUGUGACACUUUUCUCUAUGAAGGGCCCUCCCAAUCAAGAUUCUUCAAUGCAAUUUGAACUUCGUUUGGUUAGUGCCAAACAAGGCUCUGAUUCAGUUACUCCCGCAAUACGAGCAAAUUUUUUGCUUCAAAAGGGAGAGGAUCACAAUUCGGCAAUAAUUGCAUUAAGAGAUUCGUUGGAUGGUCCUCAAGAAGUUCAUUUAGAAUUAACCCUUCGGUUAACAACUAAUGGGCAAUUUAAUGGAAAAUAUGUUGCUAAUUUGCUUGUCUUUGUUUCACAAUAUCGUCCCCAAACACAACAUAGCCGUUUACACAGAAUCCGUAGACUUUGAAUAUUGGAAAAAAAGUUGGAAAAAAUUUUAGAUCUCGUUUUUUUAAUAUUUUAAGUUUAGUUAACAUUCCUUUGUUUUUUGUGCUGUU